GCACUCGCUGCGCGCCCCCAUACAGUUGAACAGAGGGUGCAAUACAUAAUUCAGUCCCAGCAAGGGAACACCCCAGUCUCUCCCCUACUGCCAACUGGAGCCGCGGAGCUGCAGCCUCUCACACAGCCCGUGGACAGAGACUUCGAUGCGGCUUUGUGCUGCUCCGGAGCGGAUGGAGGAUCAACCUUGGAGAAGGACGAACGCUGUGUUUGUUUGCAUGACUUCCAGCGGCUGAGGAAGGACAGGGCAGAGCGAGGAGGAGCAGACAGACGCUGGUGAGCUUCAGGAGACGUAAACAUUGCCAUGCCCUGCUUCAUGCACCACCUCCCCCGAUCCGCAUCCUCCUCCUCCUCCUCCUCCUUCUCCGGUCCAGGACAGAGGGCUGUAUUUCAGAGGAUAACAGAAUAGGAAGACGACGCCGCUGUCGAAGGUAGAUAUUUUGGAGACGUGGUGAAGUUGUGUUCGGGAUAGGAGGCUGCGGCGGGCCACGCUGUAGGUAUCCUGCAUCCUGACUUUGCUGUGUCCGUGUUUUGCGGCCAUGCUGCAGGCAGCAUCCUCCGACCUGUUCCCGACCUGAGCUUCACUCUCUGGGAUUAACAAGUUCCCAAAAGAAGAAAACUAGCAGUUCCACUUCUGAAUGUUUUGGAGUAUUAUUUUGUACUGUUGGAACAUCCACUCCUCUGUGUAACUGAGUGAUAAUGAACAUUUUCCUGUUUGGAAUUGUAGUGCUUCACACUGCAGGCUUUUAGAAAGAUGUGAUCAGCUGCAGGCAUUUUAAUUAGCAGAGUAUCUCAGACAUUAAUCAAACCUGCCUCUGCAUGAGUGCUCGGUGGGACCGGCCUUGUUGUUACUACAGUUCACGUUAACUCAGCGCCAUGGGUGCCAAGCAGACCAAAGGCCAGGAGCCUGGAGGGGCCAGCCCUCAGCACAGCUGGAAACGGACGCCCACCAAGGAGCGGGGUGACAUCUUGGCUUCCCUCAUGCUGAAGUCAGGGGACCGGCUGAGCCGUGGCGGGACGCCGCCACCCUACCAACGCCGCAUCGGCAUGAUCCAGGAGAUGAUGCUAAUGGCCAAGCAGGGCAAACAGGAUGAGGCCACGGAGAUGCUCAAGACACUCCGACAGGAUCUGGGCAUGGAGUCAACAUCUCUGGAUGACGUGUUGUACCGCUACGCCAGCUUCAGAAACCUGGUUGACCCCAUCACGCAUGACCUGAUUAUCAGCCUGGCACGAUAUGUCCACUGCCCCAAGACGGAGGGCGACUCUCUCGGGGCCAUGGAGAAGGUUUGUCGUCAGCUGACCUACCAUCUCAGCCCCCACUCUCAGUGGAGGAGACAGGGCCUGCUCAAGAGGAAACCUCAGGCCUGUUUGAAGGCGGUGCUGUCGGCCCCUCUGUCCAGCGGGGCGUUGGAUCUGUCCGGUAUCCCUCUGACGGCUCGGGACAUGGAGCGGGUGUGUGCACACCUACAGCGCCACGCGUGCACUGUGGUCAGCUUGGAGCUGGGCUUCACCGAGCUGACGGACGAGGCGUUCUUCCUGCUGCUGCCUACGCUGGCCUCCCUGCCGCACCUAGAGACCCUGGCACUGAAUGGAAACAGGCUGACCAGAACUGUUCUGAAGGAGUUGACUGAUGCCCUGAAGGAUCCAGGCAGCUUCCCCAGCGUGACAUGGAUCGACCUGGGCAACAAUGUGGACAUCUUCUCCCUGCCGCAGCCCUUCCUGGUCAGCCUGAGAAAGCGCUGUCCCAAGCAGGGAAACCUGCCCACCAUCCUGGAGUUUGGAGAGAGCCAGGCCAGCGACCCCCCAGAGAGGCUGAGGGGGCUUGGGGAAGAGGAGGAGACGGACGACACCAACCGGACUGAGAGCAUGGGCGAGCUCCGGUCGGAGGUGGAGGAGGAGCUGGACGGGGAGAUGGAGAUAGAGGAGAUGAUGGAGGAGCUGCUGGACUUCGACAGGGAGGUGCAGGGGAAGGAGGAUGAGGAGGAGAGCAUGUGGACGCUGGAGGAGCAGAGGAAGGUCGUGGGCAGGGGGAGGGGGAGGAGAGGUGAGCAGGAGGACGAGGGGAGAGAGAAGGAGACGCAGAGGAGAGAGCAGCACCCGGGGAGGAGAGCGGCAGUGGUGGUGGAGGACGAGGACGACACACAGAGCCACUCCUCCCGUCUCUCCUGCUCCAGCCAGUCGCAGCUCUCCUUUGGAGCCGUUGAGCCAAUGAGAGCAGAGGAGGACGACUUAGACGAGGUGACCGACCAAUCAGACCACUUGACCUGAUUGCCGCUCCCUGCUCCGCUCUGCUUAUGUUUCCCCUCCUGUGUCGAGUCCUGUGUGGAAGGAGGUGAGAGAAGACUUUGUGUCCUGCGGAGGCUAGCUGAGCACGCUCAAAGUCAAACAGGCUGCGGCGCUGGAAGGAUGUAAUCCAUAUGAACACGCCACUCGAUACUCCCUCCACUGAUCUGAUUUGUGACCAGCCGCCGCAGCGCUCAGAUACUGGCGGAGUCACAGCUGAACCCCAGUGACUCCUGGUAAAUGUAACAUGAGAAGACAAUCCCCAACAGGACGUCUGUUUUAUCAUAACUGUCUGUUGUGUAAAGUACGAAUAGACUAAGGAUGCUAAUGCGUAGAAUAGACAGAUUCAUUAUAUCACGUGAGGCUUUUAUGUAUAGAAUGUUAACCUUUAUUCAGGUCCUUUCCUCCUGGUUACCCUGCUAAUACCUACAUGUGCCUGUGACACGUCCUAUUACUGGUCCCAGAGUGUGAGAUAAAAAGAGACCUAGAGAACAUAAAACAAGAGAGACACACAGACUAGUCGGGGCCCUUAAACCUUUUUGAGAAAUGUUUUCGCCAAAAACCUGAGAUGGAAAUAUAUAAAAUGUUUCCCUCCCACAUACAUAGACGGCUAGCCAGAUGGAUCAGAAGAUAGGCAGGAAUCAGAAGUCAAGCCAACAGCUUUGAGAUCAGUCGCCUGUUGGGAAAUGAACAGAUGCACAGUGCUUUAGUGGAAGAGAAGUGCGCUGAAGAUGAAAUUAGUCAGCUCAAACCAAAACAUAAAGAUGAUUUAGAAAAGGACUCAGUACAGGCCUGAUGACUGAAAGGAAACAGUAAAACGUGUCCUGUUUUGGAAGGACAAGGUCUUGGCUGUACAGUAGAUAAAUGUGAUAAUCAUGUUGCCAUGUGUCCCAUAGCAAAGUGCUGGGGUAUCAAGCUGAAAUAUUUAGUAGCCUUUCUCUCAUAAUCCAGGUCAUGUUUCUCUCCACAGUACUGUACACUAGUGUGUGUCACAUGCUUACAGUGCUGUGUUUAUAUAUAGGCCGCAGCUAUGAUCACGUUCACGUACGCUGUCCGCUGGGUUACAACAGAUUAUAUAUCCUUAUGCAGUAUGUAGCUCUCACCGGCCCAUGCUUUCCAUUCAUGUCACUUAUAGUCCAUGCAAAGCUUUAAAAAAACAAGCUGUAUUUUUGGAUGUACGGUAUAUACAGUAUAUAUUGUUUUUAUCUGUGCAGGGGCGAUUGUUUAGAUUGUAGAUUAGCUAUUUAAAGAAGAAUACCACUCGAUUCCAGGAUAUAUGUUAUUUAUGUGGUCUGGGGUAGCAAUAUUGUACAUGAGUAAUGCUUAAACGCUGGUGAAAAAGGCGAACCAGACUCUUCAUUUGUGUUCUGAAAAGGCACUGGGUGGAAAGCUUUUACUGAUAUGGAGUGGAGGACUUUGUUGAAUAUUAACUGAAGAAAGAAAGAAGGAAAUCAUCCUGGAGCAGUUAAAAAUAAAUAAAUGCAUGUAUACUUUUCCCAAUACAGCUGCUCCAAGAGCCAGUACAUUCAUCUCUGGAGCUGUUUAUGUGUGUGGCAUCAAAAAUGAAGGCCUUUAAUGACUGAUGCUCAUCAUCAGGUUCAUACAGUUCAUACAGAAAAGCAUGUUUGUCUUUAUAAAGAGAGGUCUGAGGACCAAGUUAUAAAUACUGAUCAGAUUUUUUUACAUUUAGGAGGAUCUAUCAGCAGAAAUGGAGUAUAAUAUGUAUGUAUAAUUACCUGAAAAUAGGUAUCCUUAUGUUUUUGUUACCUUAAAACAAGGCUGCGGGUCGCCUUCCAUGGAGUCUGCCAUGUUGAACUGCAAUGUUUUCAAACACUGGCUCUAGUUCCUCAAAGUAUCAUAGAAAAGCCAUUUCCCCUUUUAGGACAAUGAUUGAAUUGAAACCACAUUCUGAUGAGCAAAGAUUAAUCUAAAGAAACUAAAAUAAAUUAAAAGUCUGAAAAGACCUGAUCAGUGUAAAUAACUUGGUUCAAGUAAGGUAUCAUUGAAAUCAAUGGAUAGGGCAAGGCAAACCUUUAAAAGUUAUCCAAUACAUUUCUAAUAGACAUCCAGAGACUUCACAGAGAGUUCAGCAAUUUAACAUAUAUUCCAUUUUUAAAUGUAUAAACCUAUUUUGUAAUACGUCAUUGCAUAUUGGUGUAAUGAUUAUGAACAUAAUAAUUAUUGCUGCCCAGAAAAAAAAGUCUACUUCUGCAUCUGUUUAUCAGUGCUAACUCACGUCCUUUGACCUUUGCAGAUGUGGUUGACAACGUGUGAAUCACAUACAUGCCACCUGCACGCUCUCCAUACACAAAACAGUUCCCUCUCGCCUCAUUAACACAGACUUAACUGCAUGCAUUCAGCAGCAUUACACUGAAAGCUAAUUACAAAGAGAAAUUUCCCUUUAAGCUACCUUUACUAUAAGCUAAUAUUGCAUUGUCCCUGCAAAAUCAAUGAACCCUUUAAACCGAGGCAGGCGGGUUGUGAUGCUGGACAGAAGUGGGCCGCUCAGCUGAGUGCAUCCUCACGGUUAAUGAGACAGAGGAAGGUUGUCCUUGAAAGCCACAGUGAUGUUCAGAAACCAUUGUGGGAAGGAAGGACGUCAAAUAUUGACUGUUGUUUAGUGAGUUCAGAUUGUGAACGUUUGUAUACCAUCAGCUAUUGGUCAGUGUGGAUCGCUGGCUUUAGACGCAGUGUGCAGUCAUUGGUUGACCCGGUGCUCAGGGUCAAACUGACUUCAACACCAAGACCUCUUGUGGAAGACUAUUCUCAGGUUUUCUGUGGUUUUCUGCUCGCUACUGUAACAGGACGCCUUCCGGCAGCAGAGAGCGAGGGUUAGACGGUGGAGAUCAGAGUUAUGUGUGCAUGUUUGUAAUGCGCUGCUGAAGACAUGCACUUUGUCUGCUUUUAUGUUAAGGUCACUGCAAAUCAAAGCAAAAACAGAUCACAGCUGGAAUUAGACUCAUACAUCAGCAUAGAUAUGGGCUUUUAAUUUGAAACCUUUGAUGCGUCACUCAGUGUCAUCCACUUUUUGAUAUAAGGGAUUCGGUGCAGUUUGAUCUCAAGCUGACUGCCUUUUGGAGGUCAUUCACCUGAACCAACGGCUCAUUUCGAUCUGAUUUCACACAAGAAUGCAUGGUUUCUAAAAACAGUUUCAAAGGUUGUCUGCCCUAACACGAAUAAAGUGUGUUUGCAACACAGAAUAACUUUUUAUUUGUUUUGAAUUUAUUGCUCUGAAAAUGCUUGAAUAUAAACAUACAAAGAUUUUGCAAACUAGCUUCAUGCCCUCUGUUUGUUGGUAUCACAUGAGAAUAUAGCUAAAAAAAAACUCACACGUGGCUCAGCUUUCCUUCAUUCACUGCGCCUCUAUGUUAAUAGUCUAUUUCAAAUCGGAGCCACGUUCCUAUUGUUUGGUGAUUUUCUCUCCCAGAGUGCUCUGUAGUUUCACCAGUGGCGCUUCAUACAGUGACUGAAGGCUCUCAGCUCUUCACUACAGGCAGAAUGAGUCCUUUCAUAUGUUGCAGUGAGACGUGAGACGCUGGUGUUUGCCUUGGACCCUAGAGUGGUUAUGAAUACUUUAAGUGACCAGAGGAUGUGAGGAGAAGAUGUUGUGUAUGUCUCUCGCUUAAAGCCUCUGCUGAUAUAUCGUAAGAUGUAAAAAGGAACAUGGUAAUGUGAAUCUGAAGGAAUGAGUGUCUGUAGCCUUGGAUUUUUUCUCUCUCCAUGAAACUUUCUUGGAUAUGUAUUAUAAAGUAAACCUCUGUAUUAUUCUCUAUACAGUAUCUUCUUCUGUCACUCUCCCCAUGGAUCUUUUAUCUUCAUGCCACUUCAUUGAAUGCUCUGUGCAUUCAUCUACACAUGAAAUUGUAAAAUGUAUUAUUUUCUGUUACACAAUGGAUCCCAAUAAAUUCUGUGAUACAAAAACAA